AUGCACCAGACCCAUUACAACUGAAAAAAGAAACUGCAUUUUCUCGUUGGUCCCAACUGAGGGUGAUAUGCUGUGGUGAGAGAGCCUGCAUAUUUUUUUGUUCCUGGUUGGAAUCAUUACAAGUAGUAAAUCCGUGCAUGAGGUCCAGUUGGAGUAGUGAGACUCCUAACAACCCAAUGAUAGAGUGUCUAAUUAUGGGUGAAGUUUUGAAAGAGGACAGGCAGAAUCUAUGGUUAUCUAGGACAAUUAAUGAUCAAUUGAUUGAUUCUGCCAUGGCUUGGGUUAUACAUUUUAUGUUUGUGUUAGAUUUUGGUGAAAGAAGGAACAGGGAGGUGACAUUAGAAAAUGAAAAAGGAAAGUCCCAACUCCUGUUGAGGAGUGGUACCUUUUUUUUUAUUCAAUUGGAAUGCUUAAAGUUGUUGUUGGUUUAAAAGGGAAAAGGUUGGAAGCAAAAUCUCUGCUCCUAACAACCCAGUGGUGUAAACAUGAAUCUUGAAACAUCAGGUGAUGAGUACCAAAAAGUUAGCAAAGAAAGAGACAAUACAGGAAAGAAAGGGUAGAAGAUGUUUCAUCUUGUGGAGUAGAGGGUUAAUUUGUACUUAGAUGAAUCGGUUCUUCAAAAUCAAAAUGGAUUUCACACCUUUUUAUUAUUAUAUUAGCAUUUCAAGUCUUCAGCAUCUUCAUCUUGGAGAUUUUGGUGAAAGAAAGGGAGCCCUUGGUGACAUUAGAAAAUGAAAAAGGAAAAUCCCAACUCCAGUAACCAUGCUUCAUUUAAUUGUUAUGAUCUCAUCUCAUCAUGUAAAACAAGUUCAUCUUGUCUUGUGGUGGAUACAUGGUUCUAGGAUUUGGCCGGAUUUGAAAACUUGGAUUUUCGAGAAUUACAUCCCCUAUCUAUUACAAAAUCAAGGAUGAUUUCCUUAACACCUGAGUUGAAGAUUUGGUAACU